AUUAAGGAAUGUAAAUAAAAAGGUUAGUAACUAAAAAUGUUUUUUUUUUCAGAAAAAUGCCUGAAAAUGGGGACUAUACUUGGGAGGAUAUUGGGAGAGCAGCAUAUUCUAUGGUAGUUUUGUCUCCAGUAGAAGAUUUAACUUCUAAACGUCAACUACAGAUGGCUCUGCAGUUUGCAGGGUUUAACCCAACGAGUAGCCGUUUAUCCUUUCAUUGGCCUCAGACAAGGACUAGGAUGCAGUUCAACCAGUUCAUAGAGAUACUAGAGACAGAACCUAAACCUACAGAUUAUGGACUGCUGAGUUCUUUUGAAAAAUUGGAUCCCAGUAAUUCAGGAAAAGCUUAA